GAGAGAGAGAGAGAGAGAAGGGAGGAGGCCAGGCGGCCAGGCUUCACUCUUAAACACUCGCUCGCUCGCUCAGCUCCAGCACUGCACACAGCUUCCUCGCUCUCUCUCCCUCGCUCUCUCUCCCCCUCUCUCUCACUCUUCUCGCUUUGGGACAAGGCUGGACCCCCGAAUGCUCCGCCCCCUCCCCGGAGUCCUGCCUGCCUGACCUGGCUUAACUAGCAGGUCACUGCUCUCAUCCACCUGAGCUCUGGAAGAGUGGCUCCAUCACAGAGCUGGAUGACUGUGCGCCGCGGUAACAAACUCACCAUAUCGAUACAGGAGCACAUGGCCAUUGAUGUCUGUCCCGGUCCCAUCAGACCCAUCCGGCAGAUCUCCGAUUACUUCCCCCGCUACUCCCCCACCGGGCCUGGCCCACAGUCAGCAGAUGGAGGUCACUGCCCAGCAGAGGGCGCCCUGCAGCAGGAGAGCCCAGGGGUGAGAGAUGGCCGGCUAGGGGCCCAGCGUAGUCUGACGUCCUCGGCGGACACGUCGGCUGAAAUAGACAGCUGUGACAGUGAUGACUCGACAUCCUUGGGGACCCUGGAGUUCACCCUCCUAUAUGACAGGCACACGAGCUCCCUGCACUGCACCAUCAUCAAGGCCAAGGGGCUGAAGCCCAUGGACUUCAAUGGACUGGCUGACCCCUACGUCAAGCUGCACCUGCUGCCCGGCGCAUGUAAGGCCAACAAGCUGAAGACACGGACUGUGCGCAACACACUGAACCCCGUGUGGAACGAGAUGCUGACAUACGUGGGGAUCACCGAGGAGGACAUGAGCCGCAAGACCCUGAGGGUGUCGGUCUGUGAUGAGGACAAGCUGACCCACAACGAGUUCAUCGGCGAGUCUCGUGUUGCCCUCCGGAGACUGAAGCCCAAUCAGGAGAAGCACUUCAACAUCUGCCUGGAGCCCCAGGCACCGCUCUCAUCCCCUUCAGCAAUGUCCACCGCUCUCAGAGGGAUUUCCUGCUACCUAAAAGAGCUGGAGCAGGCUGAGGAGCGCCCCCUGGAGGAGAGGGGCCGGCUGCUACUCUCCCUGCAGUUUAGUACCCAGCGAGGUGGCCUCAUCGUUGGCAUUAUCCGCUGUGCCCACCUGGCAGCCAUGGAUGUGAAUGGCUUCUCAGAUCCUUAUGUGAAAACGUACUUGAAACCGGACACACAUAAGCGGUCCAAACACAAAACCGUGGUGAAGAAAAAGACCCUGAAUCCCGAGUUCAAUGAGGAAUUCUUCUACGAGAUCAGCCACGAUGAGCUGACCAGCAAGACCCUGGAAGUAACCGUGUGGGACUACGACCUCGGCAAGUCCAACGACUUUAUAGGCGGAGCGACUCUCGGUCUUAACGCCAAAGGUGACUGCCUUCGACAUUGGUUCGACUGCCUGAAGAACAAAGACCGCAAGGUAGAACAGUGGCACACGCUGACCAACGAGCUGCCGGGCUCCGCGUUCAGCGACUGACUGAAUGGCGAGCUGCGGACAGUGCCGGGGGCUCCUGCUUCUCUCGCUCUCGGUUAGUGAUGUGCCCAGUGGCACACUCGGAGAGCGAACGGCGACGGAUUGUCGGAUGUGGAAUUUAAAAAAGCAAACAACACAAAUAAACGCUACUCUGCCACACAUUUUUCCAAGAUAUUUUUUGGCCGUGGACGAAACAAAAUCUCAUCCGCGGGGAGAGCCGGGCAUUCAUCGGUAACAUGCAUUGGAAGAAAUUACGCUUGGAAGACUCCUAGAAUUUUUUUUCCUAGACAGCUACACACCACUUGGAGUUUAAAGAAGACAAGACGAGUGGAAUAUUCACCCAUGAAGCCGCUCGGGUCACCCCUGAGUCAUCAGCUUCUUCCAACUGGUGUGUCACUACCUUUAAAUGGCCACUCGUUGGCAGCAUCUCUCGCUAUCUCGUGGUCCAACACCGAAUGAGCGUCACAGCCCGGAAUAAUAAUUAAAAAACACAAACAAUACAAGAAAAGUCAUUCUGCUAAUGUGCGUCGUGUGUAGCUGCUAAGCGGUGCCGAGCCGCGCCGAGCCGAGCCGAGCCGAACGCUGACACGUGCUUCCAGACUUCUCUGUCGUCUCUUUGUGAAUUCGUGCCAAUCUGUGCGGAGGGCACCGCGCCGCAUGCACCUGCCUGGCCCGGGAGGGACGCCCCCUCUCCGGGGUCCUUUCUCUCGUGUUUGAGCGCUCCUCGUUCUAAAUGUUGUCCCAGUGCCUUUGCUACAAUUGUUCUGAUAACAGAUUCUUUAUUGUACUUUUUUAUUAUUGAUAUUAUUCUUGAUAUUCUCGUGUGCCUGUUGACCGUUUGUGAAUAUGCAAAUUACGAUCAGAGUCUUUCUAUGUAUGCUUUCCUUUUUUCCAGAAUGACUUCAUGUAUAAGAAUAAAUCGUACUGAUUGCUCA